CUCAAAAUAAUCAAAUUAAAGUCUCCGUUUCAUUGGACCUCUUUUCGGUUUCAAACUCACAAUAAGAACGAAGCCAGAGCUGAUGUCGGAGCAGGCCAGUUCCAUAGAUUACAUAAUGGAAAAAGCGUCGGGCCCCCACUUCUCCGGCCUACGGCUCAACGGCCUCCUUUCAUCUCUGUCUUCCUCCUCCUCUACUUCGCCAACUCACCGCACGUGUUCCGUUUCAGCUUCAGCUUCUCCGCUUACUCCCAAACAGCCCUUUGUCAUUGGAGUAUCAGGAGGUGCAGCUUCGGGUAAGACUACAGUAUGUGACAUGAUCAUUCAACAGCUUCACGAUCACAGGGUUGUGCUUGUCAAUCAGGAUUCAUUUUACCGUGGUUUGACAACUGCAGAAUUAGAACGUGUCCAUGAGUAUAAUUUUGACCAUCCUGAUGCAUUUGACACUGAACAACUUUUAGACUGCAUUCAAAAGCUCAGAAGUGGACAACCUUAUCAAAUUCCAAUUUAUGAUUUUAAAACUCAUCUCCGCUGUUCAGAUAGCUUUAGGCAGGUAAAUGCUUCUGAUGUAAUUAUCUUGGAAGGAAUCCUUGUUUUCCAUGAUCCGAGUGUCCGCAACCUGAUGAAUAUGAAGAUUUUUGUUGACACAGAUGUGGAUGUGAGGCUUGCUCGGAGAAUAAGGCGUGACACAGUUGAGAGGGGUAGGGACAUAAACUUUGUUCUUGAGCAGUAUGCAAAAUUUGUGAAGCCUGCUUUUGAUGAUUUUGUUCUGCCAUCAAAGAAGUAUGCAGAUGUGAUCAUACCUCGGGGAGGUGAAAAUCAUGUUGCCAUUGAUUUGAUAGUGCAACAUAUCCACACAAAACUUGGUCAACAUGAUCUUUGCAAAAUCUAUUCAAAUGUUUAUGUUAUUCAGUCAACAUUUCAGAUAAGAGGUAUGCAUACACUGAUUCGAGACAAGGAAAUAUCAAAGCAUGAUUUUGUCUUUUAUUUGGAUUGGCUUAUCCGACUGGUUGUGGAGCAUGGUCUUGGCCAUUUGCCAUUCACAGAGAAGCAAGUAAUUACGCCAACAGGAUCGGUGUACACUGGGGUUGACUUUUGCAAGAAACUAUGUGGGGUUUCCGUUGUUCGAAGUGGAGAAAGCAUGGAAAAUGCAUUGCGUGCAUGUUGCAAAGGAAUAAAAAUUGGAAAAAUUCUUAUCUAUCGUGUUGGAGACAAUGGGAAACAACUUAUAUACGAAAAGCUUCCCAAGGAUAUUUCAGAAAGACAUGUCCUACUUCUAGAUCCUGUUCUUGCUACAGGUAAUCAUUUUCUUUUUUUACUUGAAGAUUUUACGUUAUCCGUUUUGUGCUUGAAUUUUGACAUGAAAGAUUAGUCUGGGUGUGACGUC